UUUGUGUAUUGGAAACGCGGCUUAACUUAAUGUAGAUUUUUCCGCUGAUUCGGCUGCAAAAGAUGCACUUUUGAGGCGCAGCGAGUGCACCCACGCCCCCGAGUUCGAGUUGCAGUCGGGAAAGUGCAGUUUGGAAAGUGCGCGGAGCUAGAAGAGCGAAAAGAGCGAUUUUGGAAAAAAAAGUGUCAAAGGCGGGGGAAAACACACAGAUAAGCGAAUAUCUGAAAACAAAACCAACCACCGCUUUUGAGCCAGCAUCACUGCAACGUUUCAAAAACGGGGAUAAUGGAGUCACAGAAGCGGCCCUCGUUGCAUUUACUCACGGAUGUGGCAGCAGGAUCGGCAGCCGGAGCAGCUGGACCUGCGGGAUCUGGGUCUGGAGUUGCAGCUGAGAUGUCGCCCACUUCCGGAUUCCUGCCGGAUAUGCCGCAGUGGAAAAAGGACCUCAUCCAGCGCCGGAAAACAAACGUGGCCCGAACCCAGGCGGCGUCCAUCACCUCGCCCACCGAUGGCAGUUGUGGGGCUUUGGCUUCGGCGGAAGUCACCGCCGCUUCAGGUACAAUCACAGAACCCCAAAUGGAACCGGCUACAAUCAGUAGCACUAGUCAAAAGAGAAAUAUGAACGCUUCUGAGGAAAAGUCUGAGAAAUCUUCUAUUUCCAAUACCAAUUCCAAUUCCACUGGAGGUCAUCACUCCGCUGUUGCCGUCUCCCUUUCGCCCGAAGCGGCAACAACAACAACCGUAACACCCAUACCAAAGCAGCGAUCGAGUUUACGACUCAACACAAGAAGUCAAGAGAAAGAGAUGGAGAUAUCAAACGAGAGCGGCGAAACAGAGAAGGAGAGGGAGAGCGAACCCGACCCGCCGGCUGUGGUGAGUAGCCGGUGUGGUGAAGUUGAAACUGGCACAAUUGGAGCAGCGUCGUCGUCGUCGUCAGCAAAUCAAAAUUCAAGCCCAAACCAACACCAUUUGAAAACGAAAUGCAAACCGGGACAGAGCGUUGCUGAGGGCGAGCCUUCAGCGAAAGAGACCACCAUCGAUAGCAAGAGCUGCAAGACCAAGAGCAUUUCCGAUAAAUUGCAAAGCAACAAGUUCAUCAUUCAGCAACAACAGCAGCAGCAAAAACAACAACAGCAGCAACAGCAGCAGCAGCAGCAGCAGCAACAACAACUGUCACCCACGAAGGUAACGGUAAAACCGACAAUGGUCGCCAUGCAAGAGAUGAAGAAAACAACCAAACAAAAUGGCCAGCACCGACAUCUAGCGGGCAAAAUUGGCAGCGGAUCGGUGGCCACCGGAGAUGUGGAUGCUCCAAACCCCGUUCCAGAUUCACUCGACACUGGCGAGGACCUGAGCUACGGGCCCGGCAUUGUAUCAAAGCUGCGCUGCCGCUAUCUGAGCCUCGCGCUCCGCGAGUCCCGCCAGCAGAGUAGCAAGCAACGCCUCCAGCGCUCCACCAGCCUUAACACAUUGCUGGACCGGGAUGACGACGAGGUGGAAGUGGAGGAGCCGGAGGUGGUCAGUCAGGUGCGUGCCAAAUCCACACCGCCACCCAUACUGGGGGCCAAACCAACACCGAAACCAAGCAGCCAGCAACGUCCCGUGAGCCUGGGCUCCUCCAAUGGAGGAUCAGCUGUUAACCCGCCGCCCCUGACCUCGGAUGGAGACCAACCAGGUGUCAUAGCCAAUGGAGGAGGAGGAGGGGGAGGAGGAGCAGGCUCGGGCAAUCGAUCGCGUCACUUCAAGCGCGGCAACGAGGUGAUGAAGCGGGCCCGAUCCGUGGAGGCCCUACUCUGCGAGAAGUCACCGUGGAACAGUCAGAGAAUCACCACUGCCGCUGCCGCCGCUGCUGCCGCAGCACCAGCACCACACGCUCUCAAGGCCACCCCCUCACCUGUCACCUCGCCCACCUGCGUCACCAUCGAGGAUAAGAUUCACAAUGCCCGCGAGCGGCUGCACAGCGGUACGGAUACGGCGCCGCCCAAGCGCCUAACCUCCAUCAUCGAUGACACCGAACGGCCGCCACCGGAUCUGGUCAAACAGACACUCAAGAUGUUCGAGGCCAGUGCCAAUCGGCGUCCGCGAGCCGCCCAUCGUUCGAAUGGCGUGGGCGGAGUGGCCAGCAAGGUGGCCAGCUACAAGUCGAUCAUCAAGGAUCAGAAACCAGCAGCGACGAUGCCGCAUACCAUGGGUUUUGCCUCCUCCACGCCGCUAAGGACCCCACAUCAUGCCCAUCCGGACAUCAUACCCCGCCAGACCGAUUCGCCCGUGUCGGCGUUGAGUGUGAUGAUGCGACGCAUUGAGCUACAGGAUCUUGAGACGCCGGAAAGGGAGCUGCAGGCUACACCGCAGAGCGAGGCACCAAGCGAGACUGAGCGUAACGAUCGCGAUGAGGGCGAUGGCGAAGGCGAAGGCGAUGACGACAGCCACAACAACAACGAAAACGACGGCGGCGACAGCAGCGACAACAAUGAGCAACGCGAUAAAAUGGGCGCGGUGGUGGCAGGCGAUAAGCCUAAGCCCCCAACGGAAACAGCAACGGCAGCGGCAGCGGGAGGCGCCCAACGAUCAUUCGCUGACUCGACGGAGAACGCGCAUGUAGCCAGCGGGAGUAGCAGUACCAGUACCAGUACCAGUUCCAGUGUACGCAAGCUGAGCAACAACGAAUCCAGUGGGCCAGCGGUGACCAAACAAAUUGGUGUAAUCCGGCCGCUAUUCAAUAGCCAAGGAGCUGGUAGCACGCCGCUAACGAGUCGCGAGAUCGAGAAGAAUCGCAUCAAUGAGAUGAAGAAGUCGACGGCCACAGAAGGCGGCGGUGCGGGAUCCGGCACCGGAAUGGGUACGGGAUCGGUAUCCUCGCCCACCACUAGUCUCGACACCGUGAUAAACACCAAGGAAGCGGCCACCAGCGAAACGGAGGCCAGUGCCUCGCCCCUGUGGACACUGCGCAAGCUGAGGAACCAGAGCCAUGGUGCCGGAGGAGCUGGCGGCAGCGGCGGAGGAUCGGGACCCAGUUCCAGCCAUCAUUCCACGGAGAACACCUCGAUGGUGUUCAACUUCUCCAAGAGCACCAAGGAGGUGCCCGACUACAUCGAAAGCGACGUUGUGAUCUACAGGCGCAAGCGGGAGCUGCCAAAGCCAAAUGAGCCUGGCUUCGUGCUGCUAGGCGAUCUCUCGGUGGAGACGUCGACGGACACGGACUAUGACGACUACUCCAUGUGCCCGCCAUCGCCGUGCGAUGUAGAGUUCGAAAAUGCCAACAUUGUGAUUGACGGCAAGUCCAGCAUACGCCAGAAACCCAAAGAGUCCACGUUCCGCGUGCAGUUCAACGACACGCUGACGUCGACGUUUGAAUACCCCUCCGAGGCAUCGAUGGUCAUCGAGGAUCCGCCGUACGCCGAUCCAUUUGGCCAUCUGCUGGCGGAGCAGAUGCACCUGUUGCAGCACCAGCAGCAGUUGGAGCUGGAGCAGAUGCACCAGAUGGAGCUGCAGCAGCAGCAGCAGCAGCAGCAGCAACAGCAUCACCAUGUGACCGUCGACGAGAUCAUCGAGCUGCCCACAUCGACGGCGGGACAUGGACUUGGAAUUGGACACAGGGCGGGGGCGGCGGGGGGCGGCACGAUGCUGGGGAAUUUACCGUUGGGCUCCACGGCACUGGGCUUCUACACGCCCGUGAAGGGCUCACCGAUGGACAACCUCUUCCAGCUGGGAGUCACCCGCUACGCCCUGCCCGAGAGCAGCAGCAGCGGGAGCAGCAAUGGCAGCCACAGCCCCAGCAGCAACGGGAGCAGUCCAGCCGGAGCUGCGGGCAGCCGCUUAUUGUUCAACGGGAACGGCAGCAUCGUGGGCAUCGGCGAAUCACUGAUCAAGGAGGACGACUUGACGACGGAUGCAGCGGCAGCGGGAGCAGGAGCAGGAGCAGGUGCAGGUGCCGGUGCCUCCAAAAAGGGCUCAGCUGCGGACGAGGAUGACUAUCAUCCGACGGCGACACCGGGCGGGGGAGUUGUGUACAGUGAGGGUACACAGAAGACCGAUUUGCUGUAUUAGAUUAAGUCGUCCUGCCAGCCAAAAAACCGAAGCAAAAAGCUCUUCAUCUACACCGGUUUCCAAACACAAACCCAAUCCCAAAACCCAAACCCAAACCCAUACCCAUACCCAUACCCAUUAAACCUAUUGAAAAGCGUGCGCUUAGGUGAAAUAUCAAUUUCGGUUAGACACAAAUAAAAAACAAACGUAUUGAAGAAUGUGCAGCAAGGCAACGUAAACCAAGUUUGGCAAGAAAUCCAUAAAGAUACGUAUAUAAAUAGAUAUUAUUUGUAAGUUUGUAGACCUAGAGAUCCGAUGUGUAUGUGUACAACAGCAAGCGUGUGUGUCUGUCUUCUUUAUAUAUAUAUAUAUGUUUUUUUUUUUGAUAAAUUAAUAAUUAUAUUAUUGUAAUGUAUCUACGACGGCACUGAAUGAACAACUUUGCUGCUUCAAUUGUA